AUGGAGGACAUCGAGGACGUGCUGGGCCCGGCCGGCCUCUCUGGCGGCGGAGCGCCUCCGGGGCUCCGCCUCCCUCUAGCCGCCGUCACGGUCAAGCCGAAGCGCCGGUCGUCCAGGGUCGCGCAGGCUCCGCCUCAGCCCGAGGACCGGAUCCCCGGCACGCAGACGAUUUACGUUAAGACUUUCGGGUGCUCACAUAACCAGAGUGACAGUGAAUACAUGUCAGGUCAGCUCUCUGCAUUUGGAUAUGCAAUCACUGAAGAUCCCGAAGGAGCAGAUUUGUGGCUAAUUAACACAUGCACAGUGAAAAAUCCAAGUCAAUCUGCAAUGACAACCCUCAUAUCUAAAUGCAAGAAUGCAAACAAGCCACUAGUAGUGGCUGGAUGUGUACCCCAAGGAAGCCAGGGUCUUAAGGAGCUUGACGGUAUUAGUAUAAUUGGAGUGCAACAGAUAGACCGAGUUGUUGAAGUGGUUGAGGAAACUUUAAAGGGCCAUGAGGUUCGGCUGUUGAGUCGGAAAACACUGCCUUCACUUGAUUUACCUAAGGUAAGAAAGAACAAGUUUAUCGAGAUUCUUCCUAUUAAUGUGGGAUGUUUAGGCGCCUGCACAUACUGUAAGACAAAGCAUGCUCGUGGUCAUUUGGGAAGCUAUACUAUUGACAGCUUGGUGGAUCGUGUGAAAAAUGUUGUCUCCAAAGGUGUCCGGGAGAUCUGGUUGAGCAGCGAAGAUACUGGUGCUUAUGGACGGGAUAUCAGUACAAACCUUCCAAAUUUGUUAAAUGCGAUUGUUGCGGAGCUUCCUGUUGACCAAAGCACAAUGCUCCGCAUAGGCAUGACAAAUCCUCCUUUCAUACUAGAGCAUUUGAAGGAGAUAGCUGCUGUUUUGCGUCAUCCCUGCGUUUACUCUUUCCUCCAUGUUCCUGUGCAAUCUGGAAGCGAUGCUGUUUUAACGGCAAUGAAUCGUGAAUACACUGUUGGCGAGUUCAGAAAGGUAGUUGACACUCUGUGUGAGACUGAUCAAGAUUUCUCUGAGACUGUUAACCUCGUAAAGGAAUAUCAAUUCCCUCAGGUCCACAUUUCACAGUUUUACCCUAGACCAGGGACACCUGCUGCUAGGAUGAAGAAGGUACCAAGCAAUGAAGUGAAAAAGCGGAGUCGUGAAUUGACUUCAGUUUUUGAAUCAUUUUCACCAUACCAAGGAAUGGAAGGCAAAGUAGAGAGGAUCUGGAUCACCGAGAUUGCGACUGAUGGUGUUCACUUGGUUGGACAUACCAAGGGAUAUAUCCAGGUGCUGGUAAUUGCUCCUGAUAGCUUGUUAGGAACAUCAGCAAAUGUGAAAAUCACAUCUGUUGGACGAUGGUCUGUCUUUGGUUAUGUGAUAGAAGGAUCUGUUGCAGUAGGAGAAGCACCGAAGCAAACUAGUGCCAAACUGCAGAAAGAACAUGGACAGAAUCAGGUGGAGGAAGCUGGUUGUUGUGCCACUGACUCCUGUGGCACCAUUGCAUCCUCCAAUGAGGCACAACAGUGUGCCCCAGAACGAUGUGAAAACACAUAUCAUGCCCCGCAGGCCUGUGGUGAUGUUACUCGUCAGGAGGCACUCCAGCCUACGCUUGUGAGGAGAAGGGUAGAGGGAACCCCGAAAGAAAGUGAAAGCAGUGCAGCACAUUCACUAGGGAAGGAACAGCAGGUGAAAGUAGUAACUAGGAGAGGGGUAAACAUUGACACGAUUUUGUGGUGCGGUUUGGCCGUGAGCUUCGCUGUAACGAUAGCUCUGCUUGUAAUCCUUACCAGCAAGAUUUCAUCGGCAUCGGUGUUUGUAGCUUGUAGUGAUUGUCCUUGA